UUCACAUUCAAGUGAUAUGCCAUUCUCCUCCUCACUCAUUCCCUCCAUCCUCUUUCUACAACAUCAUCUUCCCACUCACUCCUGAAAUGCGACUUUAAAUACCACGUUCCCCCUUCUCUUACACCACUUCGUUCAUCCUCGAAAACAUUAAUCCUUCCUACUGCCCGCGAAUCCCAGCCGCUCGACAUGGCUUCCUUUGCCCCUCUUGAUCCGUUCGUGUUCAACAAUGCCAGCAAGAAGAACCGGGUGGCCUAUUUCUACGACUCGGAUGUUGGCAACUACGCCUAUGUCCCUGGCCAUCCUAUGAAGCCUCAUCGCAUACGCCUGGCGCAUAGCUUGAUCAUGAACUAUGGCGUGUAUCAGAAAAUGGAGAUUUAUCGUGCAAAGCCUGCGACCCGCCACGAGAUGACCCAGUUCCAUACCGACGAGUACAUUGACUUUCUCCAGAAGGUCACCCCAGACAACAUGGACUCCUUCGCAAAGGAGCAGGGCAAGUACAAUGUUGGAGAUGACUGUCCAGUCUUUGAUGGACUUUUCGAGUUCUGCGGCAUCAGCGCGGGCGGUAGCAUGGAGGGCGCUGCUCGUUUGAACCGUGGCAAAUGCGACAUGGCCAUCAACUGGGCUGGAGGUCUUCACCACGCCAAGAAGAGCGAGGCGAGUGGUUUCUGCUACGUCAACGAUAUUGUCCUCGGCAUAAUUGAGCUCCUGCGAUUCAAGAAGCGCGUCCUCUACGUUGACAUCGACGUUCAUCAUGGUGAUGGUGUUGAAGAAGCCUUCUAUACCACCGACCGAGUCAUGACCUGCUCGUUCCACAAGUACGGAGAGUAUUUCCCAGGUACUGGUGAGCUUCGCGAUAUCGGUGUAGGCCGAGGCAAGAAUUACGCCGUCAACUUCCCACUCCGCGAUGGUAUUGACGAUGUCACCUACAAGUCUGUCUUUGAGCCAGUCAUCCAGGCUGUCAUGGACUAUUACCAACCGGAAGCUGUUGUUCUCCAGUGCGGCGGAGACAGUCUUUCAGGUGAUAGAUUGGGCUGCUUCAACCUGAGUAUGAAGGGCCACGCAAACUGCGUCAGGUUCGUUAAGAGUUUCGGCAAGCCUACACUUGUAGUUGGUGGCGGCGGUUAUACCAUGAGAAACGUUGCGCGUACUUGGGCCUUUGAGACUGGUGUCCUUGUUGGCCAGGAGAUGCCAACAGUUCUUCCUUACAACGAAUACUACGAGUACUACGGACCUGACUACGAGUUGGAUGUUCGCGCAUCAAACAUGGAGAAUGCUAACUCAAGGGAUUACCUCGAGAAGAUCAAGAUGCAGGUUAUCGAGAACUUGAAGAAGACCGCUCAUGCACCGUCCGUCCAAAUGACCGAUGUCCCUCGAACCACCAUGCUGGGAGGAACCGAUGAGGAUGAGGCUGAGCUUGAUGAUCUCGAUGAGGACGAGAACAUGGACGUUCGUAUGACACAGCGAAGACGUGACAAGCGCGUCGCCAGAGAUGAUGAAUUCGAAGAUAGCGACGAUGAAGAAGAGCGUCCAAAUGGCAUGCGACCACAAAACGGACCUAACAAGCGUAGGAACAUUAUGGACUAUCACAGUUCAACUGCUGUUGCCUCGGACAUUGAGAUGGACAGCGCAGUUGCAACCCCUGAGGUACGGAAUGAGGUCGAUGUUGCUGUCACUGCAAUGGCUGCCGAGGCAAAUGCCGACGUGAACGCCGCGGUCAUGGAGGAGAAGAGUCAAACCCUCACCAGUACGGAAACGGCUGAGAAUGGAGCAUCAGACGCGGUAUCAAUUGAGCAGUCAGCUAAGCCUGCCGUGGAUAAUGAUGGCGAUGUCGAUAUGGCGGAGUCCACUGCCGAGCCGACAGCUCAAGUUUCAACACCAGUUCCUGAGGCUCGAUCGUCACCAGCUGCUACCGCACCAGCAUCUGCGCCUGCGAACACAGAGGCUGAACCCGUGGCUGAACAACCAACUGAACCUGCCAAAGAAGAAGUCAAACCACAGGAAGCAGAGACCACCGGUGAAGCAUCGACCGAGACGACCCAACAACCACAAACAUGA